AUGACUGAUAUCCAAGCUUCAGUCGCUUUGAAGCCUUAUAAUGUCUCUUACACAGAUCCCAUCCACACGCCGAAGCGAAGUCUAUCCGUCAUAUGCAUUGGGGCGGGAGUGUCUGGUCUCCUUUUGGCGUAUAAACUCGAUCGACAUUUCGACGCCUUUGACCUCAGAAUGUACGAGAAAAAUCCGGACACGGGCGGGACGUGGUUCGAAAAUCGAUAUCCUGGGUGCGCAUGCGAUGUUCCGGCCCAUUGCUACACAUGGUCCUUCGAGCCAAAGGCGGAUUGGUGCGAAACAUACGCAUCAUCUGCUGAAAUCCAGAAAUACUUCAAGGAUUUUGCUUCCAAAUACAAUCUCAAUCGCUUCGUCAAAGUCUCGCACGAGGUCAUUGCGGCGACUUGGAAUGAGGAUUCAGGCUUGUGGACUGUUGACAUUAGGAACAACCUUAAUGGCAAUGUUUUUCGAGACUCUGCUCGUGUGCUUAUGAAUUGUGGCGGGGUGUUGAAUUCUUGGCAAUGGCCAGCUAUUCAGGGGUUACACGACUUCCGCGGCCCCUUGUUGCAUAGUGCCAAUUGGGAUAAGAGCGUAUCUUUGGAAGGCAAGUCUGUCGGGCUAAUAGGAAAUGGUUCUUCUGGCAUCCAGAUAUUACCUGCAAUCCAACCAAUCGCUUCGAAGCUGACCACAUUCAUUCGUUCUCCAACAUGGGUAGCACCACUCAUCGGCCUGGAUGAACACAGGCGCUACACGGAGGAAGAAAAAAAAAAUUAUGCAACCGACCCGGAGAGCCAUCUUCAAAUGCGGAAGCAAAUCGAAGAACGGAUAAACAGCGCAUACGAAAUGUUCUUCGACCAGUCUGACAAGCAGAAGAGCAUCAGAUCCGUCGUCGAAAGCAAGAUGAAAGAACGGCUGAACAAUCCACAGCUUCAGGAGAAACUCAUCCCCAGUUUCAGCGUCGGCUGCAGGCGUUUGACGCCCGGUGUCAAUUAUCUCGAGGCUCUGUCGGCAGACAAUGUGCAACCCAUUUUUGGGGAAAUCCAGCGGGUAUACGAGAAUGGGAUCGUGAUGGACGACGGCACCAAGUACCCUAUCGAUGUUCUUAUCUGCGCAACGGGUUUUGACACCACGUUCAAGUCCCGAUUUGCCCUUAAGGGCCGCUCUCAAAAGUACCUUUCGAACAUGUGGAAAGCGAAACCAGAAGGAUACUUUGGGCUAGCAGUGUCUGGAUUCCCUAAUUAUUUCAUGACUCUCGGUCCCAACUGCCCAGUUGGAAAUGGGCCAGUGCUCAUUGCCAUUGAGCUGCAAAUCCAGUAUGUGAUCACGAUGCUUUCGAAAAUGCGAAAGGAGAACAUCAUGGCAUUUGACGUAUCGAGGGAAGCACAAGACGAACUGAACCAGCACAAAGAUAAUUACAUGGAGAAAAUGAUCUGGAGCGAGGACUGCCGCUCAUGGUACAAGACCGGACCCGGCGCCGGCAAGAUUACAGCGCUCUGGCCUGGGUCCACACUACAUUACCUCGAAGCCAUCAAGCAGCCCAGGUACGAAGAUUGGAAAUUCACAUACCCAACGAAUCGCUAUGCAUACCUUGGAAAUGGCUUGUCGACGGCGGAGAAGAGGACAGGUGAUUUGUCUUGGUAUAUCAAGAAUAAGGACGAGAGUGUAAUAGACCCGUGUUUGAAAACAUCGCGGCUAUAGAGUGUUGCACUGGAUUAAUCCGUAUCUGAGAGGGAUGAUCUCCUAGUUCGUAUAAUUGACUAUAAGAGUGCAUACUUGAAGUGUCUUAUGUAAAGG